AUGUCAAACGAAGACAAAAUGAGUCUAGAAGUAAGCCAGUCGCCUGGGCAAGAGCCGACACCUCUCUUGCUACAAUCUGGUAGAUCCACUUCCUUACCUUCACGACCAGCCAGCAACUCAGCAGAUGGAAGUAAGAGCUUAGGUACUAUGCUAUUCCGAGAAGAAAAUAGUCAACAAACAUAUACAACAUAUGAAAUAUCAUCAAAGGAGGAUCAUGCCUCCAGGGAUCGAUAUACUGAAAUGGGUCUUUGGCCUGCACAAACUUCGGCGGAGCUGCAAAACAACGUCGGAGCAAGGCUUGAAUCAAAGUCAGCAACGGAACUUCCGACAACCGUUCACUCCUCAGAGCAAUCAGAGAAAAAGCCGGAUUUUUCUCUGUUGGCACGCGGAGCUCGCGAAGAAGCUUUCUCAGAGCAGAGAACACGAAGCUCAAGUCGAGGAAGCCAGAAGCGAGUCGAGAAAAGUAUAGAGGCAAUGCUUGCAGAUGAGGCGCAAGUUAUCAAUGCCAGAAGCCGAAAGUCAAGCCACAUGCUGGGCCUUUUCAAAGAGAAUGCUACCCCUACGGAAUCGCGGAAGACUCCACAACCAAAAAAGUCGCCGACCUCUAUACCGGACAACUUUCAUCGUGCUAGAAGUGGAAGUGCACUUGAAGUUGCGCCCAACGUCGAGCCACUGGAUCAGGAACCUAUAGGACCUGGCAAGGGUACUGAGAGACAUAGAAAAUCUUCGAACUCGGAACCCAAUUUACGAGCUCAUAGCAGCUCACAGGAUCCGAAUAGCCAUGCACAAUAUCAAAUUGACGUGGAGCCUGCCCAUUCUUCCCCGGAACAGCCAAAAGUCGCGUAUGAAAGCAAAGCCCCAAAGCAGAAUGAGACCACAUCGAGGAAACGCCUUCCGUCUAGGCUUCUUGAAGAAAUACGCCAUCACCAUAAUGUCAUUGUACCGUUUCACGACAAGUUCAGAGUUUCGCAAGUCAAGUCUCCGGGAGUAUCGACUAUAGCAGGCAGGGAUCAGGCUGGAGAAAAGAUAUCCACUGAAGGCCUUGGGUCCACGUUUGAAGAGGUGCACGAAGACGACAGAGAGACCGAAGAAGACGAAUCGGAUAAGGAACAAAUAUCGUCUGCCUUGUAUUACCCACAUCAGCAACCAUCGCCUGACGCCUUACAGGAUGUGACCAUUGGAGAAGCGAGAGAAAAGAAGGAGGGCGAAGAAAACGAAGACUCGAGUCUGCCGGAAGCAGCUUUGCAACUAGAUGACGAGCCUGAGACGGCAUCUCAAGACGUUGAUAUACAUCUGCAAUCGCGCGAUCAGAGUCGUUAUCUCCAUGGUGAUCUUCAGCAAGCUAGACAAUCUUCGGGGGAUAUCGUUGACUACAAACAAUGGGUGGAGUCAGGCACAUCAGCAUCGGAAUCCGAAACAGAAUCCCAAGGCUCCACAAGCCAGACUGACGAAUUUCAGAGUACUCCAAGAGCGUCACCUACAUCAAAAAUUUCAUUCUUGCAUGCAAAAAAGAAGGAAAGGCCAGCUGCUCCGCUAGGUGCUGUCGAGCUCAAGCCUUACAACCACCAAGUCGGAGGACAUACGACCGUGUUUCGCUUUUCGAAGCGUGCAGUCUGCAAACAGCUUACAAGCCGGGAAAACCGCUUCUACGAGCUGGUUGAAAAACAUCAUCCUGAAUUACUCAAGUUUCUACCCAAGUACGCCAUCCUCAACAGGUAUAUUGGAGUUCUGAAUGUGACGUUCCGAAAGUCCAGCAAGCAAAAGGCCAAGGAGCAAGCCAAAGAUGGAGUGAGUCCGCCACAGCGAAGAGCAGACCUUGAUUCAUCAAAGAGCCCACCAUCAGAAGCUGGGAAGGUCACCCAGGGUACAGAUGAUCAUAGCCGCACUGUCAGCCACUCUCAGCAGAAGGGUCAGGUGCCCCAAGUCAUUCUAGCGCAGAAUCGGCAUAUCAUUCCCGAAAGCCUUUUCUCACCGACAAAAAUCAGCCAUGGCAUUGGUCUUCGAUCGCUCCCUACACCUAUCUCGCCCAUACUGUCAAGAUUAACGGUGGCCUCUGAUGCUCGCGUCAAGGACGCUUCGGCAGUAAAUGGACACACUCCUGAGACCCGACCUUCUAUGCAUAGGCAUAAUAUAAGCUGGGGAGCGACUACUGUAAAUACUAAAUUGAAAGAUGAAGUCUUGCGAGAAGUGUUCACUCCUCCCACCAUCUAUCGUAGUCGUCGUCAUGGUCGAAAUCAUCACUCUUUAACACGAGCUAAUAACUCGCAACCAAAGCGAUCAAUCUUGAGUGAUUCCUUGCCGCCAAAAAACAGUGUUGAGUCAGAAGACCGAGGUCCAGACCUGGACAAGAUCACGCAGAAUGCUUCGGCCGCUUCAGCUACGAAACCUCUCAAUCGGCCUCCUUGGAAGCCGUCAAUGCUCUUGCCACAGACGGGAACAAGACGCUCGCAGUCAACAACUCGCGAAGAUCCAGCCCAACCCAGAGAAGAAAGUCAACCACGCGGUGCUGCCAUCUCAGCCACGCGUGCUGUUCGUCGACGGCAUUCUGGUAGCGGGCUCCGCAGCAAGCAAAUAGAUGUCGACAGCAAUCAACGAAGUGCGUAUGAGUUCUAUGAGGAUGAAGGUUAUGGCGGAGACGAGGAAGAUGGAAUGUUUGCGAUGGACAUGGACUCCAUGGUUCCUCCGGGACCACGUGACGCGCAAAUCAAAGGCAAGGACGAAGAAAGACAAGGGACGUCGAAGGCAACGGGGUCGAACAAUCCGAAUGCCGUCGCACCACUUACGGAAGCGACCCAAUCUAAAGCAGUCCUCUCUGAACAAGAAAAGCCCCUGCCGCUCGCUCGACAUCCAUCGCUGCCGGCGAAUCCUAAGCAGGCUCAGUUACAACCCGAUGAGCGUAUAGAAUUGUUCCUACUCCUCGAAGAUCUGACCUCCAAUAUGAAAAAGCCAUGCGUGCUCGAUUUGAAGAUGGGCACUCGACAAUAUGGUAUCGAAGCAAAUGAGCAGAAGAAGAAGUCACAACGUCGCAAAGCUAAAGAUACGACGUCUCAAAAACUUGGGGUCCGACUCUGUGGUAUGCAAGUUUGGAGUCCCGCUAAAGAAGACUUCAUCUUCCUGGACAAAUACUACGGUCGCAAUGUCAAAGCGGGCAGUGAGUUCCAAUGUGCUCUUCGAAAAUUCUUCUUCGACGGCAUAUCUGCGUCGAGCAUCAUCCCACAUGUUGUUGCUUCGCUCGAGAAGAUCUCGACACUAGAGGGAAUCAUCAAAGGCUUGCCGGGCUACAGGUUCUACGCCAGCAGUCUACUCAUGCUAUAUGAUGGAGCAAAACCGGAGCCGUCUGAGAAUUCAGAGAAUGCCGACCUAAGCUCGACAAUCAGACUCAAACUUGUCGAUUUUGCAAACUGUGUCACAACAGAGGAUAGAAUGUCUGAUUCAGCGCUCUGCCCCCCGCAUCAACCGAAUGGCAUUGACCGCGGCUACUUGCGCGGCUUGAGAUCGCUACGGAUGUAUCUCACCAAAAUACUGAAAGAGGUAUGGACUGAGAAUGGGUUGAAUGGAGAAAUGGUCCCGAUACGACUGAAAGAUACCCCAGGUGCGUGGCGCGAGGAAGAGUACGAAGAGGACGAUCUUGGUGGCGUGAGUAUCUAA